AUUCACACCAGCGAAAAAAACCUCGCCAAAAUCCCAAAAUCCAAAUAAAUCGAUUGAGAUUUUCACUGCACAAAUUCCAGAAAUCGAAUUGAAGGAGCUAAAGAUGGGGGUUGUUUUCAAGUUGUGCUUUCUUGUGAGUGCGUUUCUAUUCGGAUCCGUCGCCGGCGGCGGGGUAGGAGCGGUCCCGGCGCAAUGCGAGCGCAUCGAGUGCCCAAGCUACGACGUCGUCGGAAGCGGGGAAGGCUUCGAAAUCCGGCGUUAUAAUUCCAGCAUGUGGAUUUCCACUCAACCUAUCGAAGAUAUCUCCUUGGUUCAUGCCGGCAGUGUUGCCUUUUACCAGCUAUUCGACUACAUCCAAGGCAAGAACAGCAACCACGAGAAGAUAGAAAUGACGGCUCCGGUGAUCAUCGAGGUCAAACCCAGCGACGGGCCUUUCUGCGCCUCCUCCUUCGUCGUCAGCUUCUUCGUCCCCAAAGCCAACCAGCCUACCGCACCAUCCAGCGAAACCCUCUGGCUCCAGAAAUGGGGGCUCACCUACGUCGCCGUCCGCCAGUUCAGCGGCUUCGUCCAGGACGCGGACGUCGGGGUCGAAGCCGCCGCGCUGUACGCAUCUUUAGCUGGGACUGUGUGGGCGGACGCCAUCGAGAGGAGCCAUGCAGGGGACAGCGCCUCGCACUACAUCGUGGCGCAGUAUAAUUCGCCGUUCGAGUUCAAGGACAGAGUCAAUGAGAUUUGGUUUAGGUUCGAUCUUGUGGAAGGUGCUAUUGCCUCUGUCGUUUGAUUCCUUGGAGAAGUUGAAGAUUUUAUCAUGAUUAGGGAGGACUAUGUGAAAAUAAUGGAUUUUGCGAGUAUGUAUAUGAAUAAUGAAUGGUUGAUGGAUGGGAGAGGGUGCUUAUCUUGUGUUUGGAUUUGGCAAUGCUAAGUAAGUUAUCAUAUCUA